CACAUUCUCUCUCUCUCUCUCUCUCUCGUCCGAAGAAACAAAACAACAAAACCUCAUCAGAUUUUGCAAUCUAUCCAUUCUUCAGUCUUCACCUUUAAAAAGUUAGAAAAGGUGAAAUGCUGUACUUUACCUGUAACAUUGAAGAGGCUUUCCCCGCAUGGUGCACUCGCUGAAUGCAAUUCAGCAUCGUUGAGGUUCUUAAAAGAGAAUGGCCGCUCUUCUUGCAACAAAUACGUGCUCCUUUCUCAGUACCCAUGCUAUUAAAGGAGUCGAAAGAUUGGAGAGCAAGGUCACCGUAUCGGCUGCUUUUCUUUCUUGACGGCUUCUGCAAUAUAACAGAUAAACUACAAUCCAGGUCUAAUGUUGCAGUACCCUCCCCCAAAGCUUCGUCAAGUCGUAGGCAUGCUUUGGUAAGUGCUGGAACUUCAUUUGUUACCGUCACGUUAUUAUCUCCAUUUCUGGCAUGGGCUGAAGAGAAGGAAACUGCACAAAAGGAAGAAGAUGCAGGAUUUAUAGAUGCCAUCAAAUCAUUAUUUGAUCCUAAUGAGAAAACUAAGUCUGGGAAAAUGUUGCCAAAAGCUUACUUAAAGUCAGCAAGAGAGGUAGUGAAAACACUACGUGAAUCUUUAAACGAAGAUCCUAAUGAUAUUACCAAAUUCAGAAGGACUGCAGAUGCAGCAAAGGAAUCAAUUCGGGAGUAUUUGAGCAAUUGGACGGGGCAAAAAGCUGUUGUUCAAGAAGAAUCAUAUGUUGAGCUUGAGAAAGCGAUCAGAGCGUUGGCAGACUUUUACUCAAGGGCAGGGCCAUCAGCUCCAUUACCAGAAGAAGUUAAGUCUAAAAUCUUGGAUGAUCUAAAUAUUGCUGAGGAAUUUUUGUAGAGCAUCUUCCAGCUGGUUUUGUAGAAAUGGCAUCAUUUAACACCAUGUGGAUUAGAUUGACAAGUUCCAAUAGUGAAUUUGUUCUCCAACAAGAUACAACUUUCAUACCCCAGGGGGCAAAAAAAAAAGAUUUUCUGCUACUGUCUUUGUGAGUUUUACGUUUCAAGUAUGAGAGUUUGAUGCAUUUGCUGCACCUUGAAAGCGAAAACUGCUACAAAGAGCAGCAAAGAAGUCAUCAUUAAAUUUAUCUGCGGAUUCUAUAUAAAGGUGGGAUAAGACUUCUUGUCAUAUUAUAUUAUAUAUAAAAGGUGAAUGGUUGGGCAAACAGAAUAGCACAAGACUUUCCCUGUCAUCGCCUAACUGAGGAAGAGUUUGUUGUCAAAUACUCAGACAUCUUUAAUUGCUGAAGAUAUACCGUUCAUGGACAUCUUGAUUUGUUUCUCACUAAUUAGUAUCCUGUUUGUAGUCUUAAAAUUUCAAAUCACGGAAGAAAUUUCUUGAGAUCAAGUAUAAAGAGUAGCCAGAUAGCAAUUUCUUUGUU